AUGAAAGCAUUACGCCCCGAAGCUGUGCGAGCAACAUACGUUUUUCAGGCACUGCAGAGGGCGGGCAGAGCGCUGAGGGGAGGCACGAGUGAUCUUUACCACUUGAGCCACGCAACAACGCGCAUUCAUGCUUUCUGGUCACACAGCUGGCAUGGCAACAAGUGGAUGAAGGUGGCAACUCUCCUGUUCCUCAGCAACUCCACGCCCGCAGCCUUGAUGGGCCUAGCGGCUUCGGUUCUGACAGCUCUGGCUGUUCAGUACAACUGGAUACGAUCCGACAGCUCUGUGAAUUAUUGGUGCCUACCUGUCGGAUCUGCAGCAUACGCAAUGGGCAUGCUGUUUUGGCGCAGCCGGCAGCUGGUUUUCUUGGACAGGAUCUGCAUCCAUCAGUGCAACCUCGAAAAGAAGGUGGAAGGCAUGUUCAGCUUGGGGGCGAUCCUGAAAUGCGCAGAUGCGCUUUUGGUUCUGUGGGACCCGAGCUACGGGCAGCGCUUGUGGUGUUUGUUCGAAUUGGCAGGAUUCCUGCACUGCCAGCCGCCCACACAGAAGCCACGCAUCGUUCUCAGGCCGAGUAUCUUAGGUCCUGUGUUCUUUUCGGCCACGGCUGGAAUGAUGCUUAUGUGCGGGACUCAGCAUCUUAUGCAUGUCAAUGGCUUCGAUUCAUUGCUUCUCGCCUGGCUCAUCAUCCUGCUUUCGUUCGCUCCCAUGUGCUUCGCCGCGCACAUCGUGCGAUCAUACUGCCGCAGUGUUUCCAGGAUGCGGGAUGAAGUUGCAAAGGUCACCUUGGAAAGUGCGCAAUGCUACUGCUGCUCCGUGCAGCAUAGGGACCCAGCCUCCGGCAAGGACAUCGAGAUCUGCGACCGAAGGGUCUUGCGGAGGUGUGUUGUGGAGUGGUUCGGCUCCGUUGAGGCCUUCGAGCAUCGCGUCCAGCACGAGGUCUUAGAGAUCUUGACAGACCAGCUCUCCAAGAACAUCUUCUCGUACCGCCGGAUUGCUGAGGCCUCUAGCGUGUUCAUGGCAUUCUUCUUGGACACUGCCGGCACAUCUUGUCGAGAUGGAGUCCUGGAUGAAUGUACAGAAAGAGUGCUGAAAGGCGUGGCUUAUUGGCUGGCUGCAGUCCCAAGCAUGACGGCUGUGUCGUACCGUGUGGCAUGGGCAUUGCAGCGCCAACGUAUCCAUCGAGUGUUGGACAUGUUGGUAACCCUAGCUGUGCUGUUAAGCAUGGCGCUCACAGCUUGUUCGUAUGUCGCCUUCGAUAUGUGCUUGGUGUGGAUAAUCCCCGAUAGUGCCGUGCUUCGGGUUGCGAUCUUUGUGCCCAUAUCAGCGGCUAGUACUGCUGUAGUAUGGCGAUGCCUGCCAGUUCGCGUGCCUGCUGCCAGUGUCCCCAGCCUCAGUUCGACGGGUCCACAUGCUGCUGAGCAGCAUGAAGGCAGCCCACGUGCCCGUAGAAUUAUUCCGUUGUAA